ACAGGACCAGUUGUGAGUGUAUGGAUUCCUGAGUGAGACCUGGAACUCAAGCAAGGAGAAACUUUCACGGAACAGCUUCCACUGAGAACUACCAUUUAUAGGUCCUGGGUUAAGACAGCAAUUUCUGUGCCUUCCUGAUAGUUCAGAGACAAGUUUCCGUGCAACCAGCAACCAAGAAAGGAAAAACUCUCUUCUUUACUAAACUGACACUGCUUAAUAUACCUGAAUCGCAGGAACAACAACUCCAGUGAAGUGAUAAAAUUAUUAUUUUGACAUCGUUGGACACUCAUCUGCUGAGCUUCCUGCGUUGAGGGUGGGAACCUUCGCUGGUGCUUAUUUAUACCCGGGACUGUAACCAUGAGUGAAUUCUGGCUGUGCUUCAACUGCUGUAUUGCCGAGCAGCCCCAACCUAAAAGGCGACGGCGGAUUGACCGAAGUAUGAUCGGUGAGCCAACCAACUUUGUGCACACAGCCCACGUCGGCUCAGGAGACCUGUUCAGUGGGAUGAACUCUGUCAGCUCCAUUCAGAACCAGAUGCAGUCCAAGGGCGGCUACGGGGCUGGCAUGGCCGCCAACGUGCAGAUGCAGCUGGUGGACACGAAGGCGGGAUAGCCCAGGGCUGCUCCUGUCAUUGUGAAUUUCUGUAUUUCUUCUUUCCAUUAUUUCUUUAAUUUUGGGGGUCUUGUGAUUGCUUUUCUUUCUUCCUUUUUUUAACUACAAAAAAAGAUGUGUGCUGGGUCCCAUUCGCCCUCUUGUGGUUGCUCCCGUGAUGCGUGACUGUCCUGCUGUGAAGAAGCUGUCGCCGGAAGAAUACUGCGUUCCCGUCAGCUGGCAUGCAUGCCUUGGGACUCGUGGACAGAGUUCUUGGGAUCGUGGCUUACUUUUCAAUUUUCAAAUCAAUAUGGAUCUGACCUUAGCAUGAUCUUUUUCGUGAAUGCUACCGCCAUUUUGAAACCUCCUUUUUUGUUGUUUUCCUUCUCCCCGCCUUAAACAUUUCUCUUUCCACUUCCCGCCCUCCGCCUUAUGAUUUGUCUUGGUAAGCAAGAACCUACUAGUAUUUGUUAACCUGUCACCAUGUCUGUGUAUUUUGGCAAGUAUGAGACCCACAAGCACAGUGCUCCUUCUUGCUCCUGUGAGACUUCGGCAGAGUAGAGCUCGGCGUGCUUUAUGGAGUUGCCUUGUGCGGAGCCCACCGAGCGCCAACGGCCAGUUUCUUGCUGCCAGGGGCUGACGAUGCUGCUGCUAUUAGGGGAGAAAGUGUAGCUGUGGCACCGAGCCACAUGGGCUUCACAGGAAAAGAUGACUUGUAGCGUUAUUUAGAAGUAUGGCUUUUUGGUCGCUUUGAUUAGAAUUGCAAUAAAAGAAAUGCUUACAUUCAUAAGGCAUCCAUUCUGUUGUAAAUGUUCAAUAUAUUUAUUUUGAGGGCAGGUGAUGGUCUGUAUCUCCCCGAGUGUUGCGGCCAUCCUCACCUCCAGUCUGCUCCCGAGCGUCGGCUCCCUCUGCUUCUUUAUGCGCUCGUUCCCGUGUAGUUCCACUCGUUCUCCUUUGACGUGUCAUGUGUGAUCGCUCUGUCCCCAGUAGCAGUGUGUCCCGCUUCCGGCCCGUACUGCUAACUUGCAGCUUCGAGAGUCGUGGCCCAGCUGUAGUUCACGUGUCUCGUGGGCCGUGCAAGUUGCCAAGAGCAACACACUGACCUGGCUGAAUCACUGCCCGUGAGAACAGCCUGGACCCUGGCUUUUUAUGGCAUUGGCCAGAAGCUUUUGUCUCAGGUUCCAAAAUAUGUUUAUCCUUCACAACUUGUGAACGGAGUAUUUUAGUAUUAUACAGUUCCCAAUAUUUCUCUUAAGUGCUUCUCUUUCGCUAGACAUUAAAACAUUUUGAUCGUAUGUCCGCGUCAGCCAGCCAUGUGGUGUAAAUUAACAUUUCACACAGCAAACAGCUUCGUUGAAAACUUCCAUAAAGGAAUCUUGUGAUCAAAUGAAGAAAGCCACUGGCUUCCCUUCUGCCUUUUGAUUGUCCUCCUCCCCCGCCCUUCGCCCCCAGGUUCGGGCAAGAGGUAGCCAGGUGAGCGGUAGGUUGUCAACCAAACGUGGAACCGUUCUUCCACUCGCUGUGCGCCCACUCUGGGCACAGCCUACUCCGUCCUUGUCUAUGUGCAGUUUUGAGCCCCCAGAGCUGUCGGCCCCAAGCAUGGAGAGAGCCCAGUUUAUAAAAAUGAUGCUCAGAGACUUCCGAGUCACAUGCGUACUCAUCACAACGGGUAAUGCGACAUCGAGCCUUCAGUUCACCUGCUGUCAUGGAUUCACCUGUGCACAGUGUGCUCUGUAAUUAUCCUGCCCAGCUAGAAUCCUGUUCCUUCCGGGACACGGCUGCAGGGGCAUCGUCAGCACGAAUGCUCGUUUGUCUGUGCCUGUUUUGAUUAUUGAUUUUCAAAUGAGCACACGUUUUGCAUUUGCCACUUAAUUCCUGGACAACCAGAAGGAGCUCUGAGCCUCUCUCCCAAAUUCAUGACAUCAUUUUAUUUUACUUUUUUUUUUUGCUUCCCUGAAUCUGCCAUCUUUGUGGCUUCUCCAAGGACCAAAUAUGCCAGCGAGUGUGGGGGGAGGCCAAGCGAGGGGAGGCUGGACUCUCCCCUCCCGCCUGUGACCGCGCUGGCGGCCAGGCGCCCCUGGGCACAGCAGCCUUGCUGUGUGCAGAGCACACGCCAGGACUCCUGGGAAGGUACCAGUGAAGUCAAGGAAUAAGCAGACCAAAAAGAAAUGAAAGCGAGGAAUGCCACCCCUGGGCAUAAUUGUUUAUAGGGAGGCUGGAGAGUAUCAGCUCUCCCACAUUCACCAGUGAGUCUCCCACCUCAGAGGCUGGUCGGCCACCACCACCCGCAUAACAGUGCAUCUCAUUUUCACUGGGGGCUAAUGAGAGAAAUGGGGUUUUCCACCCAGAAUUCAUCAGGCUCUUUUCACUUUGCCAAAAUACAUGUUAAAAACUGUUAAGCAAGGGAAACUGAAUGCGCAUCUAACUGAUCGCAUGGCUUCCGUUAGCGGUGAUCUGCAUCCUAAAAAGAGGUGCUUUCCCAAGAUGCAGGCACGAAGUGGUGCCAGCACGUACAGUGGUGCUGGGCUCGGCACUUCCCAGGCAGCGUCCGGCACCCGUGGGCCUUCACAAUACGUCGUGAGUGCAUUAGCUUUCGCAUUUGUUGUCGAGUGAUAGAAGGGUCAUUAUAGAGAAGAGCACGUUUGCCUUGGUUUUGUUUAAAGUGAGGUCUGCUCACUCCCAGAAUAAAAUUGACAUAUUUUUAUAAUAUAAGCAUACUUCUUUUGUACAUUGUGUUCAUUCUUGAAUAAAGUGAGUUCAGUGUUGGCUUGUAGAUAUUUAAAAAGAAAGUAUUGAUUUUGAUGCAAUAAAUGUUUUCUUUCGA